AUGAACGACGUUUCUUUGACUUUCGAAAGUCAAAGUCCUUCAAACCAAAUUCCGAUAGAAAUGGUACGUAAUCAGGUACCCAUAUGCCAAAACAAAGAACUCCCGAGUCCCGACGAAUUUGAUUCCAACAAAAAUUCCGAUCAAAGCUUCUUCUGCAAUCGGCUUCGGAUUGGCUCCGCCACCUGCGUGAACAUCACGGCAGCUUCGAAUAUCUGCACACCAAUCCUCAUGAGAGCCAAAUACGCAACAACCCGAUAUAACACCAGCAUCAGCGCCAAAGCGACAACCGAGAGCAUUUGCCCAUCAAGCCCAACGCUCUUAAUAGCCGGAAAAUCCUCAACCAAACACGUCAAGUUACCACAUUUAUAUGAAAUCAGGCACAUGUUGAACAUAGUAUCCACCUGCUAG